UAUACCGUCUUCCGUAAUAAAACAAAAUAGAACCUUUUCAAGGAAAUGAUCGCAUAAAAAUGGCAGAGAUAUUCAGAAUCCCAAUUCCCAAAUCAGAAUGAUACGAGAGAGAAGGACCCACAAAAAUAUAGAGAAAGGGGACCGCCUCUGAUCAGAAAACCAGGGCAGAGCGAGCUUUUGGGGGUAAACCAGCAAGAAAUUCAGAAAUCAGAGGCUAUACAGAAGAAAUUCAGAAAUCAGAAUCAGCAGCAAUCKGAGGCAGCGUUUGAAAUUGAAUCGAACCUGGUAGGGAUACAGUACUCUACUCGCCGCAAGGAAACAACAACUUCGUCCAGCUAAUUUCCCCUGCUCUCGCUUUUCCCGGCAAAAAGAUGAAACGAUCAACAAAAACAAAUUAAAAUUCUCCGGCGGUUGCUUUUGGGGGUGGAAACAUGUCCGGUUUGACUUUGUAACAGAAGAAAAAGCCCUCUGGGGUGCACUUUCUGAUAUGAUUGUCAGCCCCAGAAAAAGGUGUCUUCCAACAGUUCUUUCCCUGUUAAUUUAGGGCGAGGGGAUGGUCAAAUCAAACUCUCUCCAAUUUCACGGGGACCCCAAGAGAGCAUUCGGGAUUGCUGCUCGCUCGAUCGGCUUAUAAAAGCCACAUUCCAGCAGCUUCUUCGGGAUUGGAAUUCGGAAUCGUUCAGGCACACCUCUUUGUUCCAGUUUGCUUGGUGGGUUCUUUCUGAACAGUUGCUUUAACGCAUUGUGGAAUGCAUUUUCCUCUGUUCCUAUAGGCGCCAAGAGUCUCCACAUGGUAGCCAUCUCAAGGCAAAUUUGAUGCAUGUGUGGAAAAAAUCCAUUGGAACAGUGCAUGCAAAUCAUGAAAGUUGAGGGUGAACAUGUAGUUUGCCAUUCAAAUAUUAGCGUCAAGUUUGUUCCUAAGUCAAGUGAUAAUGAUGCUCAUGAUUCUGGUGGGAUGAUGCUUGAAGAUCAGAAAGAACUUACAAGCCCUCCGAAAUGUAACGAUCAGGAUGCCGAUCAGUUUGUUCCUAAGCAUGACUGUUUAGGUCUUGAUGAUUUUAAUCACUACAAUGAGGUUGAAGCCUCUGUGUCACCGUUCACUAAUUCUUCUAAAGUAGACUUGUUUGAGGAAGACUCAGAGCUAUACAUGGAAAAGAGUAUUGUUGAAUGUCAACUUCCUGAACUGAUAGUUUGUUACAAAGAAAAUAUUUGCAAUAUUGUUAAGGAUAUUUGUAUCGAUGAGGGCGUACCCUCUCGGGAUAUGCUCUUGUGUGGUAAUAGUUUGGAUGAGAAGGCGGUGUGUGCCAUUGCCCCUUCUGAGAAAGAUUGGAAAGAUGAGUUGGAAGGAGAACUGGAGAAAAGAAAGAUGUUUUCUUCAGAGCAUGCAGAAUCUUUUUCCAACAAGGAUUCACCCAAACAAUGUGAUUUGAAGGAUUUGGGAAGAAUACCUGAGGCAGAAUAUGAUGUGGCGUAUUUUACUGACAAUGAUAUACCAAAUCUUUCAAUGAAAGACUUGGUUGUAGAGAGCUUAAAGCCAUUGAUCAACCAUAAGGAUGAGUCUCACCCUCAGUCUGAACAGGUUUUUAUUGAAUCUGCAAGUUUGGAAGUCCCAGUUUCCGUAUCUGCAGUUGAAGAUUCUUAUAGUACCACCGGGGAAGCAAUAGCAGCAUCCACAGAACCAAAAAAUAGCUCUUCUGUGAACGAGAUAUCAUACAAUAGUAAAGUGGAUAAUGGAAACAUUACUUUUGAUUUUAAUUCUUCAGCAUCUAUAGCUAGUGAUGGAAUGGAGCAUCAUGAUAAUGGCUACUCAAACUCUUCAGCUCCUACGACCAGCGCCUCAGUGGACUGCCAAGAUACUAGCAGCCCUGACCCUUCAGAAUCUGCCGAUAAAUCCCAAGUACAGUGCCAUCAUACUAGUAGUAACCCCAAAUGUGUGGAAUAUGAAGACUUACCCAAGGCAGAAGUUGGGAUUUCURGUAGUYACUCRGUUUCAACCCAAGUUCAACAUGGCAUCGGGGAAACCAGUUUCUCUUCUAUGGGACCUCUGGGAAGUCUGGUGUCUAAUUCGGGCCGUAUAGGUUACUCUGGCAGCAUCUCUCUUCGAUCCGACAGUAGCACAACCAGCACCCGUUCAUUCGCCUUUCCCAUAAUACAAUCUGAGUGGAAUAGUAGUCCUGUUAGAAUGGCUAAAGCUGAUCGCCGGAAGCAUAGGGGUUGGAAACAUGGCCUUCUCUGCUGUAGAUUCUGAAAGCUUCUACUAAUUUAUCCAUAGGUUUAGUGUCUGAAAUAUACAUCACGCAAGUAUUUUCUCGUCAAGUCGCUUAMAUAUAGUCCGAUGUCCUCCCCUUACCUUCAUUUGUUAGGUUCACUCUAACGUAUGCAAUAUCAUACAGGUUUUUUAGAAUUUCAGUCUUUAAAGGAGCGCCAUUGCUGCUCAACUUACAAAGAAUGUUUACAUGUUGUACGGUCAUUUUACGAGAUUAGUUGAAAUAUAUGUUUGUUGAUUYGAACA